GUCGCCAAUAAGUAGUUUUUAAUGGUUAAUCACCACUGUUUCCUUUGAUAUGGUCCACCUGAGAUUUUGAUCUGCUUUGUUUUUGUACGCAUUCCUUAAAAUAGUCUGCAAAAAAGUAUGGACGGCAUGGAUAUACAAUACAUAAAUCAAGGUGGGCCCCACGAUCAGGGCCGCACCGUGUUGGGUAAGGCAGGGCCGCAGCUAAUCCAUUCCCCGCCUAAAACCCCAGCAUCCCGUGCGCAGCAGCACCUCCAAACCACCGUAGAGUAAUGGCCACCAAGCUCCUCCGAACUGCCCUCAACAAACCCAGAAAUUACCAUCCUAUCCGUCCCAACCCCACCAGAAGCAGUUCCCUCACCUCCUACCCCUUCUCUUCCCAGCAACAAGACGAUCACGUGACCGACCCCGAAGAAUCCCGCCCGGAUCAUGUACGCCAGCUCCACGCCAUCUUCCGAUCGAACGGCUCUGAUUUCAUCAAUCACGGGACUGCCGCCUCCCUCGAAUCGUGCAACAGCCUCCUGGAAUCGCUAAUCUCACAAGGUAAGUACCAAGACUCCCUCAAUCUCUUCUCCAAGAUGGAAGCUUCCGGAAUCCGCCCUGACACCUUCGCUCACAACAAGGCCAUUCAGGCAGCUGUCAAGAUGGGCAACUUGAAAAUGGCUGUCGGAUUCAAGGAUGCGAUGGAGAAUCGUCGGAAGAAGCCGGACACUUUCACGUACAACGUUCUAAUAUCUGGGUUAUGUAAAUCGAAGCGUUUGGCCGACGCACGGAAGCUGUUUGAUGAAAUGUCUCAGAGACGGGUGGUGCCAAAUCGGGUCACGUUUAACUCGCUGAUUGAUGGGUAUUGCAAGGACGGGGAUUUGAAAGGCGCUUUUGAGAUCCGGGAGCGGAUGCGAGUUGCAGAGGUCUCAGCAAAUCUCACUACAUACAAUUCGCUGAUUGGGGGGUUGUGCCGCGCUGGACUGGUGGCAGAGGCAGAGGCAGUGGUGGGAGAGAUGGAGGCAUGUGGGUUUGUUGCAGAUGGGUUUACUUAUAGUAUUCUGUUUGAUGGGUACUCAAGGUGCCAAGAUGGGGAUAAGCUGGUUGAAUUGUAUGAAGAGACGGUUAGGAAGGGGGUUCGGCUUGGGGAUUACACAUGCAGCGUCAUGUUGAAUGCGCUCUGUAAGGUAGGGAGGGUUGAAGCUGCAGAAGGAGUUUUGAAGGAGCUAAUGGAGAAGGGUUUGGUUCCGACAUCUGUGAUUCAUAAUACAAUUGUCGAUGGGUAUUGUCGGGUAGGGAACAUGAAUGGUGCCAUUUCAGCUGUUAAACAAAUGGCGCUCAAUGGCAUGAAGCCAAGCUGCAUUACUUAUAAUACACUUAUAAAUGGGUUCUGCAAGAUACAGAACAUGGCUGAGGCAGAGGCAUUGGUGACGGAGAUGGAGGAGAGGGGAGUGGUUCCAAGCGUUGAGACAUACAACACUCUGAUCGAAGGGCACGGACGGGGAUUCCGGUUUGAGCUGUGUUUUCAGCUUCUCGAGCAAAUGCAAGAGAAGGGUCUCAAGCCCAAUGUUAUUAGCUAUGGGUCUCUUAUAAACAGCCUAUGCAAGAACAGGAAGCUUCUCGAAGCCGAAAUUCUUCUCCGGGAUAUGGUAGAUAGAGGAGUUCUUCCGAAUGUACAGGUCUAUAACAUGCUGGUUGAUGGUCACUGUAAAUAUGGCAAGUUGCAGGAUGCUGUCAGGUUGUUCGAUGAGAUGAUAGAGAAAGGGAUAACUCCAACCAUUGUAACUUAUAAUUCUCUGAUAAAUGGUUUUUGCAAAGAAGGGCAGGUGUUGGAAGCGGAAGAAUUAGCCGUUAGGAUAACAAGUGAAGGUUUUAGUCCUGAUGUAAUCACAUACAACUCUCUAAUAACUGGGUAUUUUGAUAUUGGCAAUAACAAGAAAGCUUUCAAGCUAUACGAACACAUGGAGAGGUUGGGCAUAAAGCCUACCGUAGCCACAUAUCACAUGCUGAUUAAAGGGAUUGGCAGGGAAGGAGGGAUGCAAGAAGUAGAGCAGCUGUAUCAGGAAAUGUUAGAGAAGAAGCUUGUUCCCAACAGGGUUUUUUAUAAUGAGUUGAUUCGGUGUUAUGCUAGAUUCGGAGAUGUCCGGAAGGCAUUUGAUCUGUACCGGGAGAUGGUAGAGAGUGGAGAAGCACCUGAUGAGAUGACAUAUACAAGUUUGCUUAUCGGGCAUUGUAGAGAAGGGAAAUUGCUAGAGGCAGACAAUCUCUUUGUUGCUAUGAAGGUGAAGGGAUUGGUUCCUAGUGCGGUUACCUAUAUGGUGCUGAUUGACGGGCAUUGCAAGUUGGACAAUUUCAAUGGAGCUUAUGAUCAUUAUAGGGAAAUGGUUGACAAGGGUUUCUUUCCCAAUGCCUUCACUUGCAAUGAAUUGCUCAAGGGCCUCAGAAAUGAAGGUAGAUUGGAAGAGGCCGAGCUUCUCUAUAGUGAAAUGAGGGAGAAGGGAGUGAUGGAAUGGACUGAAAGUUCCAGCAUGGAGGCUGCUGAGAUAUUGUGAGGAAGGAAUGGUCUCUCAUUCUCCAUUGUCUGCUGCUGCAUUUGCUGGGACCCAACAAACAGUGUUGGGUCAGUAAGUGAAUCCAAGAUCAAGAUGUUAUGGGUUGAAAUUGAUAGAGCAGCUGUGGAAGAGCUAGCCCCAGUUAUGGGUUGCAAGGCCGUUUAUUUCCAUCAACUUGGGUUCCUUUGUGGAUAACACCAUACCGAAAAUAGAGAGAAGACUGUCUGGUGGGAAAGAUAAAUAUCCUUCACUGGGUUUCGGAUCACUCGAAUCAAAGCUUCCUUUGGAGCAUCACCAGUGUAAACCAAACAUACGGUUGAUAGGUGGGAGAAGGUACAAAUAGAUUUCUUAAAGAAAAUAGUAAGUUCUAUCUCUUGGACCGGAAGCUAAAUUGUCAGGGCAGGGAGGUUCGUCAUUAAAUCUUUGCGUGGUAACAGAAGCUUAUUUGGUAAA